UAAUAAUAACUAAAACACCAAACUGGUUUACAUUAAUUUUAUUAUAAUUAUAAUUUAUUUUUCUUUAUUAGUUUAUAUUCCAUAUUGACUUAUUUUCGUUUUACCUAUGUUUCUCUUUUCAAUAUUUAUAUAAUUUAUCUAUGAUGAAAUAUCAACUACAAUAUUUAAUUCUUUAUAGUUUUUACCAUCAAUCAUAUUGUCUAAAUAUUUAAAAUAACUUUUACGGUUUUUAUCCAUAACUGCUAUUUUUAUUGGUAAAGUCUUUUGUCUUAAAAGUAGAAAUUCCAAAUUCGCGUCUUAAUAUCGGUGAGGAGAGAAUUUAGCAACCAACUUUUGUCUUGGUCCAAAUAGAUUAUAAAUUUCCUAACUUUUGAAAUUUAAAAAAAAAAACAAUUUGAACAGCAUAAAACUUAAAGAAACAACAUGAAAUGAAAGAUCUUAACAAUCAGUAAAUACUUAUUUUACUUUAUUAUUUGCUGAUCAUGGGAGUUAUUAGCAUUUUCAUUUUAAUAAUAUAUUAAAUAUUAAAUUAUGUUUCUGAGAAAAUUGUAGGUUUUAUAUUAAAAGAAGCCAAAAAAAUCCCUACUUUAAUAUUUGUAAAAUUCAAGACCGGGUUUGGUUGUGUUUUUACUUUCAUAUAUUAGUAUAUUUUAUAUCACUAAAUUGUAAAUAUUACAUUUAAACUAAAAGUAGUGUAACUUAACAAAAAUGCUAAAACAAAUAAAUUUCAUAAAACGCAAAUCAAAUAAAAGAAUAAAACUACCUUUAACUUAGUGUGUGUAUUAUUUAUAGAGCUUCACAUUUCAAUACAUUAUUUAACACAUUUUCCCAUAUGUUCUACACUCAUCACGAAACCAAAAUUUAUGAUAGUUUCAAUUUAUAACCACUUAAUUAUUUAACUAUUUACUUAUGAUAUUUAUUCUAGUUCAUUUAAUGUUUUAUAAUAAACAGAAAUAUUUGUUAACAAAUUUAAAUAAAAUGUUUCCAGUGGUAAUAAAAAGGUGGAACGUGUCUAAUAAAACCCUGAAAAUACAAUAUCUCAAGAAGUAAUCUCACAGAUUGGAAACCUUUAGGAAUUUGGAUGAGUUAUACAACAAAAUUUAUAAUUAAGUAUCUAAUUAAAAAAUGACCAUAAUAUUUAAUACUUCUUCUGUUCCUAAAAGAUUCAUAUAUUAGGAUUUUCACACUUAUUAAGAAAAUAUAUCAAAUUUUAGUUACCAAUACAUUAUUUUCCGUAAUCAACUAUUUCCCAUAAGUUUUCACCAAUAGAAUUUUAAUAAAUACAAUUAUGUUUUUUGAAGUUUACAAAUUUAAUUUAUGCAUUAAAAAUAUGAAAAAUGUAUCUUUUUGAAAUAAUUUUUUUUUUAAAACAUAGAUCUUUUAGAAACGGAAAGAGUAUAUUUAUAGAAUAUAUAUCAAAAUACUUUUGUAAAGUAAUCGGAUGAUCUUUUCUCUAUUUUCUUAUUUCUCUUCUUAUUUCUCUUCUUGUCACUUUUCUAUUUCUGUGAACCAUCUAAAUCUUUAUCUUUUUAUUGCUUGUAUUCCUUCCACUAAUUCAUCUCAGCUAUCUUUUUCUCCCAUACUCCUUUUGUUUCAUUUUAUACUAAUUUUUUACACAAAUUAAGAAAAUUAUUAAAUUUAUUUUAUCCAUAAUUAAUAUAUUACUCCCUCCGGUUUUUAAUAUAAGUCGUUUUAGAGAAAUUUUUAUGUUCUAAAUUAUAUGACAUUUUCGAUUUUCUAUGUAAAAUUUAUUAACAGUUAAUGUUAUAUGACCAAUGAUAAAAUACAUUCUAUUUUAUUAUUGGUUAAUUUGUGGUUAGGUAAAUAAUUAAUGAUGUUUUUGUUUAGAAAAUGUAAGAAAUUAAUGAUUUUCUUAAUUUGUGUGCACAAUUCUAAAAUGACUUAUAUUAAAAAACGGUGGGAGUAGUUUAUCUUAUUAUCUUAAUUAAUGAGCUAAGAGAAUAAAGUUAAAAUUAGAAAAAUUAUCAAAUAAAUUCAUUGACAUAAAACAACACUAAAACUGGAACAAAAUUUAAAUUUUAAAACGAGAAUUAAAAUGAAACAAAAAAUAUUAUUUAUCUGACUAAUGGCAUUCUCUUUAGUUAUUGUCACAGUUAUUGUCACGAUUUGUCGCCACCCUUCAACGUCUUUCUAUUGUAAUUUGUAUCUUCUUAUUCUCCAUCUAUUGUACUAAUAAAAAAAAUUUCAUCCUCCACCGUUAUGAGAUACACCUUUACAUGUACAAUGUCAUCGUCAAAUACAAAAAAAAUGAUGAGAGAAAAUAUAUAUAUUUUUGGUAUUCUAUUAUGUUAUAAAUAUUUAAACUAUAAACAUAAGACAAUAUGUAAAAUGUUUGUUGUUGUAUGGCUUGCAAUAUUAACACCUAUUACCAUUACUAGUUAUUUCAUGGUUGCCAUUGUCUUCUCUUCUGCUACAAUAUUCGUCAUCCUUUCCACCUUUGCUUUAGUCACUCAAUAGCAAUGUAUUAUUAGUUUUGUUUUAUUGUAUUUUUUAAAUGUAGAAUAAAAAUGUAAAAUUUCUUUUAUUUAUAUAUCAAUUUGUUAUUAGUUUCAUACUAUUUUUAUAUAAUGCUCAACUUAUUAAUUUAUGAAUGUAAAAUAGAUGGUUCAUACUAUGUUUUGUACAUGAAAAAACGAUGUUAUCAUUAACGCUUCCAUCGUUAUUCUUCCGCCUUUGUAAAUCUUAGACCAUAAUUUUUUUUUGACAUUCUUAAACCAUAAUGAUCGGGAAAAGUUUUAGGAAUUUCUUAAGGAGGGACCCACAAAUUGUUAAAAAACAGUUCAAGAAAUUGUCAAAUAAAAACCGAUUCUACUUGGGUUGUUGUACUGUUUACGGGUCUUACUGACACGUGGCGGCCCGCGAUUGAUUUGUUUUUAAUCAUGCUCUUAUGUAAGUCAUGUUUGACCAUCAAUAAUCCAUUUUAUCUCUUGUCGCAUGUAUUUCUUCAUCGAAAUUAUUUAUUUUCACAUUUUUCACCCUCCAUCUUUUACUAUAAAAGGUAAUAUCAAAAGAAUCUUGAAAGUCUUUCAAGGAUUUAAUUAUCCAAAACGAUGCUAUAUUCUUUAACACAUGUUAUUUUACAAAUUAACCCAAAAUCUUUUAUACAAGAAAAUAAUUACAGGCUGACCAAAAAAAAACAGAAUGGAGACUAAAAAAAGAGAAAAAAAUAGGAUGUGGUGAAGUGAAGAUGGGUGUAGUGGAAAUCAUGUUGACCCCAACAGUAUCUCCUUCGACGUCACCUUUAUUCCUUCAACUCUCCUCUCCUCUCCUCUGCUCUCCCCCCAUUUUUCACCUUUUUCUUAUAUUUCCUCCAAAUCUCUCUCUGAGGUUCCUCUUCCUCUCUGUUAUUCCAAUCGGUGAGCAUUCUUUGAUUUUGAUCCAAAGUAUUGAUUUUUAUUCUUCCCUUCACAGUUUAGGCCUUUAAGAUUUGAAUAUUAUCGUCAAUCUCAUCUGGGUUUUGUGCAAAUCCAAGUUUUGCUGAUCGAUGGAUUCUUGGAGCUACGGGAGAAGCGUUUUCCUACCUAAUGGAACCAUUGCUGAGAACCAAAGCUCCAUGCCUGGAUUUGAGAUGGAGACUAGUGAUGGAUUCAUUACCAAAGUGGCUUCUUCGAGUUACCUUGAGGAGAACCAAUCUUCGAACUUGUCUAGGAUAGAUUUUAAAUUCAGGAGUUACGAGAACCAUGGUGGUACUUCGACCUUACCGUCUAAAAAGACUCGAGCUUCAAACUCGUGCUUGCAGAGUCCUCCCUUGUGUCAAGUCUACGGUUGCAAUAUGGAUCUCAGCUUUUCUAAAGAUUACCACAAAAGGCACAGAGUUUGCGAGGCUCAUUCAAAGAGUUCUGUCGUUAUAGUUAGCGGUGUUGAGCAGAGGUUUUGCCAACAGUGCAGCAGGUUUCAUUUCCUCUCGGAGUUUGAUGAUGGGAAGAGAAGUUGCAGAAGACGAUUAGCUGGUCACAACGAGCGAAGAAGAAAGCCUUCUUUCUAUUUCUUACCCGGUAAGCGGCAUAAGCUUCUUCCUCAAGAGUCGUUUCCUGGUAGCUUCUUGUACGACCACCGUGCAAGUAGACUCGUGAGUUUCAAAGAUGAACCUAAGCCAGCGAUGGAAGCUUCUGGUGUAUCUUAUAUUUGGGACUUGCAAGAGGCGGUGCCACGCUCUACUUGUGCUCUCUCUCUUCUGUCAGCUCAGUCCCAACAACACUUGUCUGAAAAUAAUCCAAACAAAAGCUUCUCAAUCACUCAACCAAGCCAAAACCUCAACCACUCCAUAGGAGACUAUCAUCAGAUGCAGCCGUUGAGGAUCGAUAAGAAGACCAAAUCUGUUACUAGUUCUAGUUCAUGUAAUGGAAACGGGUCAUCCACGGUUGAUCUACUGCAACUGUCAUCACAUCUUCAGAGAAUCCAGCAACAACAGAGGACUUUCACUGAUGAUGUGAAGCAGGAAUAUAAUGAGCUUUAUUUCCCCUAGCUCCUAAUUAAAAUAAGGCAAAGCUAAGGCUGCUUGGUUUGGUUUGAUUAGUUUGGUGAUUUUACUGGAUUCAUGAGAUGGUUAGAUUAGGGGAAUGAAGAUCAAGUCUGGUUACAACUUACACAUGUUUUUUUUGUAACUGAUACUUGUUUAUUCUAUCUAUGCCUGCUUCCUUUGCAAGUCUUUUUUUUCUUCUUAUUUUUGAGACAAUUUGUAUAUAUAACGAUGUAAUGAACAUACUUCAACAAAUAUCUGAUGUUUCAGUUUGGCCAGAGAGAUUGGCAACAAAAAGCGUCUUAUUCUUACGUGAACGUCCUGAAUUUGAGAGCCAAGUGCGUGUAAGCAUCUAACAAAAUAUUCUGAAGAUAAUUAAUAAGAUGUACCUCAACAAAACCUAGAGUUUGAUCAAGUCCUUCUGUUGUCUCAGAGUUACAAGAUGCUUAUUCGACCAUAAACUUGUAGUUUGCAAACAUUACCUCAACUUCUAGUUUAAAUUUCCCCACAAAACUAUACCAUCACUGAGAUUAAUUAUCCACGUUGUCUCUAACAAUUCGACCCUUCAGUUGAUCUGCUGGAGACUACUAUUAGAUAUCCCAUAUCGAACACAAUUGUGAUCUUUGGACAAUAUAUAUUGACGUGGCAUUAAUCUUUCACUUUUGAGCAAUUCUGGAGUGUGAAUUAUGUCCAUUAUUAAUAUGGUAUCAGAACUAGGUUAAAAACUCAGAUAUAUCCUAUAAUAAGGGGUUCAUUUUUUCUGUGGAUUCUGCAAUGUUCAGUUUGUGUUAUUUCUAUUGGAUCUUUUCCUAUCCACAUCGACAUAAUUGUGAUCUUUGGGCAAUAUAUAUGUAGAAAUCUUUCACUCUUGAUCUAGUGUUUGGAUAUUAGUUAGGCCUAUAACUAAAGCUACCAUCUCCAUACUUCACCAAAAGUACACCACUUCAUCUGGAGAGCUUUAAACAAUGCAUUGCCGGUUGGAGCUCUCCUUGCCACCAGAGGAAUCAAUUCGGAGGUACCUUGUAAAAGGUGUGGAGAGCUGUAAACCAUCACUCACCUCUUCCUUGAUUGCCCUUUUGCGGUGGAAGUCUGGGCCAAAGCCCCCCUCGUAACACCUGUUGACAGAACAUCAGAUACUGAAACGCUUAGAGAUUGGCUGUCAACAAAUGUUUCGAUUGGUUCUCUACCUCCUACAGGAGUAUCGGCUUCCCCGCUCACGACAUGGCUCUUGUGGAAACUAAUUCAUCUUCCAGAUUUCGUUUACACAAUAAAUUAGUUUUGGCUGCUGGUUACUGGCUAGAACUGGCCAUGGAGAAUAUGAAACCAGUGAGGAGAAAGUGAAAGUGGCAGCAAUAAGUUAUACAAUCUUUGUUUUAAAAUGAUCCAUAUUCUAGAAAAAGUUUUUGUUUCAAAAAGAUCAAUAUUUUAUGUUUUCAGUAUAUGUAAUAAUGAUAAAUAAUAAUUUUAAGAAAAGUAAUUGUGUCUAUUGAAUUUUGUUCGGCUACUAUUUACGGAAAAUAGUUAAUCAUAAAAAUAUUAUAUUUAUAAUAAAAAUUUUAAAUGUUUUAUUAAUAAGGGUGAAAAUCUUAAAACAUAUAUCUUAUUGAAAUGGAGGGAAUAUUAUGUAUCUGUAUAAUAUUAUUUGAGAAGUUAAUUUUCUACGUGUCGAUCUCACAUUAAUUUUUACGAUGGUUAAUCACUGAGAUACCUUUAAUGAAUUAAAAUAUUAUUCUUAACUGGCACUAUUAAAAAUUAUUUAAUAAUUUAUGCCAAUUAAAUUAUUAAUUUUAGUUUCCUUUUUUUUCUAAUUUUCAAAUCAUGAAUAAUAAAAAGGAAAUAUACAUAUAAUAAAAAAAAAUUAACAAAAAUAAAACAUAUAUUUU